AUGGCCGGCUGGUGCCUGGCCCACCACGAGGAGAACUUCCUCUACGUGCAUUUCGAAGAAAUCUGCGAAAUCAUGCGGGCCUACGACAUCUCCUUCUCGCUGGGCGACGGCCUCCGCCCCGGCUGCAUCGCCGACGCCAACGACGAGGCGCAGUUCAGUGAGCUGGAGACCCUGGGCGAGUUGACCAAGUCGCCUGGGAACACGACGUGCAGGUGA